AUGGCCGAGACAUCAGCAGCUCAACCUCCGUCCGACACUAAACUUUACGUCGAAGCCGCCGAGGCCCGAAAGUUUAUCGAGGGCAUUCUUGUGGAAAAUGGUGUACCGGAGCCCAACGCUGCCAUUGUAGCGCGAUGUCUCGUGGCAGCGGACUUGCGGGGCGUUGACACGCACGGCAUCAACCGGAUCCCGUCGUACAUGGCGCGAGUGCGCAACGGCGUACUCGACGCUACCGCGUCCCCAGACGUCUCGAAAGUCACGCCUGUCGUCGCGCAGGUCGACGGGCGCAACGGCUUCGGAUUCCUGGCGGCGGAGGUUGGGAUGCGCACGGCCUGCGACAUGGCGCGCGAGUUCGGCAUCGGCAUGGUCAGCGUCAAGCACUCGAACCACUUCGGCAUGAGCGCCUGGAUCGUCCAGCAGGCUAUCGAUGCCGGAAUGAUGAGCCUGGUGUUUACUAAUUCGAGCCCCGCGCUACCUGUGUUCGGGGGUAAGAGCAAGCUCAUGGGUGUGUCGCCUGUUGCUUGCGGUGCUCCUGGGGGGAAGGAGAAGCCGUUUAUACUGGACAUGGCACCGUCUGUGGCAGCCAGGGGUAAGAUUUAUAAGGCUAAGAGGAGGGGAGAGAAGAUUCCCCUGGACUGGGCUUUAGAUGCUGAAGGGAGACCGACGGAUGAUCCGGCUGCGGCUUUGGAGGGAGUUAUGCUUCCUAUGGGAGGACCUAAGGGUUCGGCGCUAGCUAUUAUGAUGGACGUCUUCUCAGGGGUAUUAUCAGGCUCGGCAUUCGCAGGCGGGGUUACAGGCCCAUAUGACCCAAGCAAAGCAUCAGAUGUCGGGCACUUCCUCGUAGCUAUCAAACCGGACCUGUUCAUGAGCCUCGACGAUUUCCGAGAGAGGAUGGACUUCCUAUAUCAACGAGUUGUUGGUUCGGAUAAAGCCGCCGGUGUCGAGCGGAUAUACUUCCCGGGCGAGAUCGAGCAGUUGACGCAGGAGCAGAGGGAGAAGACGGGAAUCCCGUUGGUGCGAGCCGAGGUCGAUGCGUUAAAUGAAGAAGCGAAGAAAGUCGGAAAACAUGCUCUUGUUGUUAAAGAUCAAUGA